AUUAAAAAUACACAGUGGCAAUGAGCCAUUCAUCACCGAUGUAGUUAUUAUUCGUGAUAUCAAAACAAAUUUUAAUCAUUCUAAGCGGAAUUACACGAUAGUUUUUCAUAGUUCCGAACAAAUUAAAACAAAACUUCUACUGCACAAAUAAUGGAUCCGCUCAAAAUCGUUGCAACUCUGGUUCUAGCCUGUUCCUUGUUCAACAUAUGUGCUGCCCAUGAGUGCUACGUUUGCUCUAACCAGACGGGAAACACGGAAAAAUGUCUCAACACAAUCAAAACCUGUGCCCAGGGUGAGGAAGCUUGCCUGACGGAGAUCCGAUGGGGCAGUAUGCCUUACUUUUCGCUUGGAGCUCUGAAGCAGUUUUACGUCUCGAAACGUUGUGCCUCGAAGGAGGUGUGCAAGAAGACCCGCAGCAAGUACAUGAAAUAUUGUACCCACAUCUGGUACGAGGAUUGGUCCUGUGCGGAGUGCUGCCUGGGGGAUCGAUGUAACUACUAUGUUAUUAGUGGAGCACCCCCGCACACAAUGUCACUAGCCGUAUUCCUGGGAACGAUGAUGAGCCUCUUAAUAGCCCGAUAUCUUUACAAUCUGUAAUCACGUCUCAAGAAUCAUGUAGGACUAACAAUUUAAGUGCCUUCUCGAUGUAGGAUAUAGGUAGUUGUACCAACAAUCUCGAAAAGUUAACCGCAUCCGUCCAGUAAGAUCGUUUUAACUUCAGGUAUUUUAGUAGCAAGUAAGUAAGUCCAUUUGAGACUCGACAUACAUUCCACAUAGAUUACUACCUAAUGACAAUGGUUCACUUUUACAGAUUAAGUUAAUUUUGUAAUGACAAUUGUGAAUAAAAUCACUUAAUAAACUUAUA